AUGUAUCAUGUUCCUGAAAUGAGGCUACAUUACCCCCUGGUGAACACUCAACCCAACGCAGCAAUUACUCCGACCAGAAAUUACGACAAUACUCUUCCUUCGUUUAACGAGCUAUCACACCAGAAUACCAUCAAUCUUCCAUUUGUUCAGCGCGAGACUCCAAACACGUAUACAAACGUUACCCAAUUAGCUACGUCGCCAACUCAAGCUAAAUCGGGGUAUUACUGUCGUUAUUAUGCAGUGCCUUUUCCCUCUUACCCACAACAACCACAGUCUCCAUACCAGCAGGCUGUGCUUCCUUAUGCGACCAUCCCCGGCAACAACUUUCAGCCAUCUUCUUUCCCUAUGAUGGCGGUGGUGCCAUCAGAAGUCCAAUUUGAUGGAUCAUACCUGAAUUCCUUGCAUGCACACACCGAGCUGCCACCAAUUAUGCAAACCCCUAAUGAUGCUAAUAAUACACGUCAGGAUAGUCUUAAAUCGGUGGCGACGACUACAACGCCAGUGUCAACUAAGAUUCCUGGGCUCAGUUCCACUUCAGUUCUCAAACCACGCGUGAUAACUACAAUGUGGGAAGACGAGAGUACUAUCUGCUAUCAAGUCGAGGCGAACGGUAUAUCUGUUGUGCGCAGGGCUGAUAAUGAUAUGAUUAACGGUACUAAGUUGUUGAACGUUACGAAGAUGACUAGGGGAAGAAGGGAUGGAAUAUUGAGAUCUGAAAAGAUUAGAGAGGUCGUCAAGAUUGGCUCGAUGCACCUCAAAGGUGUUUGGAUCCCCUUUGAAAGAGCGUAUAUCCUUGCUCAACGGGAACAGAUCUUAGACCAUUUGUAUCCCCUCUUUGUCAAGGAUAUAGAAUCCAUUGUUGAUGCGAGCAGACCCACAAGUCAGGAAACGUUAACCCCUAAAGCUAGCCCUGGUUUCAUUAAACAAGAGCCAUCUAGUGACAAGAAUGGGCUUGCUACUGACACUAAACCAAACGACGUUAAAGCCUUGUCGAAUGCAGUAUCUACUCAAAAUGUGGAUGAAUUGCCUCAUUUAAAAAUUAACAUUAUUGAUACCGAGGCCCAAACAAGUAGGGCAAAAAAUGAACUUUCAUAA